UUGAAGAGCUUUUAUGCUCAUGGCUGCUACAAAGUCUCUGGGGUUGGUGAGUUACAUUUGCAGUAGAUGUUGUUGGGGGAACUCAAUGGCCAAGAGCCGGCCAAGAGGCAUAUCAACCAAAGAAAAUUACAAGGCGGGGGGGAGGUCGUCGGAGCUGGCAAAGGCCGUCUUCUCGGUAGACGGAAUGACAUGCUCGCCCUCUAUCGGAGCGAUCGAGGAGGCACUCAGGCGGCUUCCAGGGAUACGCGAGGCCGUGCUUGAUCUUCUAAAUAACAAAGUCCGAGUCCUUUACUACCCGAGUUCUAUCAACGAGGAAACGAUACGUGAGACUAUUGAACAUGCUGGAUUUCAAGCCACAUUGAUCAAUGUUGACAUAAAUGAGAGAUCCACUGCAGAUCAAGUAUGCAAAAUACACAUAAAUGGAAUGACCUGCACUUCUUGCUCCUCCACCAUUGAAUCAGCUCUCCAAGCAAUUCCUGGAGUGCAGAAGGCCCAAGUGGCCUUAGCAACAGAAGAAGCAGAAGUACAUCAUAAUCCCAAGACUGUGAGACAUAAUCAACUACUGCAAGCCAUAGAAGAUGCUGGAUUUGAAGCCAUACUUAUCAGUACAGGGGAUGAUAGUAUAAGUAAGAUAGAGCUCAAAGUUGAUGGUUUAGACACUGAUGAUCAUACUGUGGGAAUGAUUGAAAAGUCUCUCCAAUCACUCCCAGGGGUUCAAGAGAUAGUAAUAUAUCCUGAACUCAACAAAGUUUCCAUUUCUUACAUUCCAGAUAUGACAGGACCCAGAAUUUUCAUCAGUGUUAUUGAGUCAACUGGGAGUUCUAAAGCAAUGCUAUAUCCCAAAGGAAAAGGAGGAAGAGAAGCUCGUAGACAGGAGGAAGUUGAUCAAUAUUACAGAUUCUUUUUAUGGAGUUUGGUUUUUACAGUUCCUGUGUUCUUAACAUCUAUGGUUCUGAUGUAUAUCCCUGGAAUCAACCAUGUGUUAGACAUAAAAGUAGUCAAAAUGUUGAGUGUUGGUAUGCUUUUGAGGUGGGAGCUUUCUACUCCAGUGCAGUUCAUUAUAGGCAGGAGAUUCUACACUGGAGCCUAUAAAUCUUUGCGCCAUGGUUCUGCAAAUAUGGAUGUGUUGAUUGUCUUGGGAACAAAUGCAGCCUACUUCUACUCUGUCUACUCAUUGUCAAGGGCUGCUUACUCUAAAGAUUUCAAGGGCACAGAUUUCUUUGAGACAAGCUCAAUGCUUAUUUCAUUUAUUCUGCUUGGGAAGUAUUUAGAGGUUUUGGCUAAGAGAAAGACAUCGGACGCCAUUGCCAAGCUCAUGGACUUGACACCUGAAACAGCAAUAUUGUUAGCUCUGGAUGAUGAAGGAAAUGUGAUGAGUGAGCAAGAGAUUGAUAGCCGGCUAAUACAAAAGAAUGACGCCAUUAAAAUCAUCCCUGGUGCAAAAGUGGCUGCAGAUGGUUAUGUUCUGUGGGGGGAAAGCCAUGUGAAUGAGAGCAUGAUAACAGGAGAAGCACGGCCGGUGGGAAAAAGGAAGGGAGACAUGGUGAUUGGAGGAACUGUGAAUGAGAAUGGAGUGUUGUAUAUUCAAGCAACACGAGUAGGAUCAGAGAGUGCUCUUUCACAGAUUGUUCGACUUGUUGAAUCUGCACAGAUGGCUAAAGCUCCUGUGCAGAAGUUUGCUGACAGCAUUUCCAAAUAUUUUGUGCCUCUGGUCAUUAUGCUUUCAUUUUCAACUUGGUUUGCCUGGUUUUUGGCUGGGAAGUUGCAUAGCUACCCAAAAUCCUGGAUACCAUCUUCCAUGAGCAGGUUUGAGCUUGCACUUCAGUUUGGGAUCUCUGUCAUGGUCAUAGCCUGCCCUUGUGCUCUAGGCCUAGCAACUCCAACUGCUGUCAUGGUUGGUACCGGAGUUGGUGCAUCUCAAGGUGUACUGAUUAAAGGCGGCCAAGCUUUAGAAAGUGCACAUAAGGUAUAG